AUGGGGUUGAUUGUAAAUGUGAAAGAACUUAUGCAAGACUUGAGAGAAAAUGGAUGUGGUACAUUUUUAGAAGAAGUCAGGAGCUUCUGUGUUGCAAUGUCAGUUCAGUGCCUAAUAUGGAAGAUAGUAUACCAGUUUGAGGUCGUUCGAGACGUGGAGGGCAAUUGGUUACUUAUUACCAUCAUUAUCAUGCGGAGAUCUUUAUUGCCAUUUGAUCAUGGUAUGCUUGUUCGACUUGCUCAAAUUUACUCUAAUGAUUUCUCCACAUCCGAUCGUCUUAUCUUGAAAGAGCAACUUUGCAUAUAUAUUCAUGAUGUGAGAAGAAAUUCUGAUUUUUCAAAUUGUCAUGAUCUUGCAAGUCUUGCUGUGAAGAUGGUUCAAUUUGAUAAACAUUUGACUUUUCCAUUGGUUUAUCGCCUUAUCGAAUUGGCAUUGAUCUUACCGGUGGCAACAGCAACAGUUGAAAGAGCAUUCUCAGCAAUGAAUAUCAUCAAAACAGAUUUGCGAAACAAAAUAUGCUAUGAAUGGUUGAACAAUAUGAUGGUUUGCUAUAUUGAGCAAGAAAUGUUUGCUAAAAUUGAUGAAGACAUAAUAUUGCAAUGUUUUCAAAACAUGCAAAAUCGAAGGAUUCAACUCCCUCCUCGCUCCUCGCAGUAA